AUGGAGAAUCUUCUAUCCUCAAUCGCAUACCUUCGAGCAAUGUACAACCGCCUACUCGCAGGAAUCGCUGAUCCAGACGAAAACGACUGGCUUAGUGAUAGGGUCAACGUGUACGAUGCGAAGAUUGGUAUGCAGAUUGUGAAAGAUCAACUCUACGUACCUCUUGGAGCAGUACAGCCUCCGGUCUAUCAUCAUUCACUACCGGCGACCCUGAAUUUCGCUGCUUUUGGAUCGAUGGUUGCCACAGCCAUGGCUCACUUGCUCGGUGAAAUUG